AUGAAGACGGGAUACCCGCGUUUCUUCGUCCCGCGCGUGGUGCAUCAGCUGGCGAUGCGCCUUCUCGCCAGACAGCAGUCGGACACGGCCUUUGCGGACGACCUCGGAAUACACGGGGAGGGCGAAGAGAGAUUGGCGACCUUGCUAAACGCUGCCCGACAUGGCCGGGUGUGCCGCGAGACACUUCUAGAAUGGAGCAAAGCAAAGAAGACAGAGGCGAAUUCACCGUACAUUGGAGUUUACGCUGUGGCAUGGGGUGGCAAAGUAUCGCCAGUACAACAGGAGGCCACGCCCGACAAAUCCCGGACCACUUCUCAACCUGAAAUUGGCGAAGAAGAUAUCAUCCUCGUCACUUACCCGGCUGAGUUGGCCCCAGAAGUCAAGUCCUUCUGGCAGCACACUGGCUAUGGCAUCUCCAGCCGGCGAGCCACGUACUGGCUGGAGCAUGCGCCGUUCCUUGCCGACCCGGCGUCAUCGAAACCAUCCCUCUCAUCAGCCGAAAGAUCUCUCAGUGUUAUCCAGGCUGGCGCGGCAUUGAAGGACCAAAUCGCCGCCGGGCAAUCAUCACCCACCCACAACCUCCACGUCGCUCCCUCCGACGUCUUCCUCUUCUCGUCCGGCAUGACCGCCAUCACCGAGCUAGCCACCGCGAUCAAGUCCCUCCGGCCACCCACCCCUGGCUCCCCAUACCGCGUGGCAGUAUUCGGCUUCCUCUACGUCGACACCUUCAAAGUCCUCUCCCGCGUCCUCCGGUUUCACCCCCACAACUCUACCCACUACACGCCCACCUCCCUCACCGCCCUAACCACUCUGCUCACCCACACCCGCCUGGACGCGGUCUUCACCGAAUUCCCCGGCAACCCGCUCCUCCAGACCCCCGACCUGACCGCCCUCGCCCAGCUCGCGCGCCAGCACGACUUCGCGCUCGUGGUCGACGACACGGUCGGCACGCACGCGUCGGUGCGCACGCUGCGCGCCGCGGACGUGGUGUGUUCGAGCCUGACGAAGAUUUUUAGUGGGGCGUGUAAUGUGAUGGGGGGCGUGGUGGUGCUGAAUCCGGGGUCGGCGUUUUAUGGCCGGUUGAGGAGGGUGUUGGAAAGGGGGAGGGGGGAGGCGGAGGGGGCGUGGUUUGGGGAGGAUGUGGUGGUGAUGGAGGGGAAUGGGAGGGAUUUUGGGUUGAGGGUGGAGAGGGUUGGAAGGAAUGCCGAGGUGGUGGUGGCUGUGUUGAGGGGGAGUGCGGUCGUGAGGGAGGUGUAUUACCCGCUGGGGGGGCCGACGCAGGAGUUGUAUGAUCGGUUUCGAGUGGAGGGGGGGAGGUAUGGGUUUUUGGUGUCGAUAAGGUUUCGGGAGAAGGCGCAGGCCGUGGCGUUCUAUGAUGCGUUGGAUGUGGCGAAGGGGCCGAGUUUGGGGACGAAUUUCACGUUGUGCUGCGCGUACACGCUGUUGGCGCACUACAAUGAAUUGGAGUGGGCGGCGGAGUAUGGGGUGGUGGAGGAUUUGGUGAGGAUUAGCGUGGGCUUGGAGGACAGAGCGUGGUUGGAGGAGAGGGUCGAGGGAGUGGUGGUUGCUGAAGGUAAGAGUGUUAAGCUCUGA